UUUAGUUCAAUGCUAUGAAUAGAUAUGAAACAUUGAUUGUACACUAUACACUUUGUUUUGGUUUGUGAUACCUACUUGCCGUAUCAAAUCGUGUUUGUUUAUCGAAGAUAAAUUUAAUUGAAUAAUGAAUCGGUCGCCUUUUAUACUUAAAAAAAAACAAUAACUUUAAACCUAUAAAAGGGUCCUAUAAUCGAAAUUUUACUCAGUUGUUAUCAUAUUCCGACAAGUGCGCUUGAAAACUAUUUUUUAUAGAGAAUCUACAUUAAACAAGCACCUACCUAUCUACUUACUGCAUCGGACACACAUAAGCAAAAUGGCGAAGCCCCUCAUCUUCUACAAUAUAAAGGCAUUAGGGGAAAUCACAUCCUUCCUGAAAGCAGAUGAGUACUAUGAAAUAGGAUAUUCAGAAGGAGAGACGGCGAGACUGUACAUUUUGAACAGCCACGUUUUUAGAUUUUAUAUGUCUCCCACCGGAGAAUUCAGGGAAUAUCCAAAACCUAUGAACCCCGGAGACAUCGCGAAAAUCACUUCGAAAACCAUGAGGGAGUAUGGCUUGAAAGCCUUCGAAGAUUCCAGAGUCAUAUGGAAUUCCACCUCGUAUAUCGUUGCCACAGAUAAAAUUGAAAUUUCGUUUCAUAUGGUAAAUGGAAUAAUGGCGGUUACAGAUCGAAAACACACAAUACUAGAAGAACUGCUACCGAUCUCGUACACGGAUUAUAAAUCUACACAGAUGUUGAAGCAACGCGAAAACGAGUAUUUCUUUGGGGGCGGAAUGCAAAACGGUCGAUUUACACACAAAGGGAAAGUAAUAACUAUUGUUAAUACCAAUAAUUGGGUAGAUGGUGGUGUUACUUCACCCAACCCGUUUUACUGGUCAACAAACGGUUAUGGAGUCCUCAGAAAUACCUGGCAGCCCGGAGUUUACGACUUUGGUACUAAAUCGCCAAAAUAUGCCAAGACCGUCCACAGAGGAGAAGAAUUCGACGCAUUUUACUUCAUUAACUCCCAACCAAGAGACAUAUUGAACGAUUACUAUGAACUGACCGGUAAACCUCUUUUGAUGCCCGAAUAUGCUUUUUACGAAGCACAUCUAAACGCCUUUAAUAGAGAUUACUGGGUUCAAGUAAGUCCCGAAACUCCACGGGCCAUUUUAUUUGAAGAUGGCUGUUACUACAAAAGCUAUCAGCCAAAAGAAAUAGGCGACAAGAAAGGAAUAUUGGAGUCUCUAAAUGGAGAAAAUAAUAACUAUCAGUUUUCCGCACGCGGAAUGAUAGACAGAUACAAAAUGCACGAUAUGCCAUUAGGCUGGUUCGUGCCAAAUGACGGCUACGGCAGUGGGUAUGGGCAGACCGAUUCGUUGGAUGGUGAUAUUGAAAACCUCAAAGAGUUUGCUGACUACGCAAGAUUACAAGGCAUCGAGGCAGCGCUGUGGACCGAAUCAAAUCUCCACCCUGCUGAUCCUGAAAAUCCAAAGAAAGGGGAACGUGAUUUAGAGAAAGAGGUCAGUGUAGCGGGUGUUGUGGCGUUGAAAUGUGAUGUGGCCUGGAUUGGAAGCGGAUAUUCAUUCGGGCUGAAUGCUGUCGAAGACGCAACAAAUGUAUUCAAUAGCAGCACAACGCAGAAGGCUAGACCUAUGAUAAUCAUGGUCGAUGGGUGGGCUGGAACACAAAGAUAUUCGGGCAUCUGGAGUGGCGACCAAAAGGGAGGAGAAUGGGAAUACAUCCGCUUCCACAUCCCUACUUAUAUCGGCUGUGGUUUAUCCGGACAGCCGGUUAUAGGAUCAGACAUGGAUGGAAUUUAUGCAGGCGGAGAUAGGGAAGUGAACAUCAGAGAUUAUCAGUGGAAGACGUUCACGCCACUGCAGUUGAAUAUGGACGGGUGGGGCGACAAACAAAAAACACCCUUUGCAUUUGACGCUGAGGCCACAACUAUCAACAGAGCGUACUUGAAACUGAAGUCAAUGUUGAUGCCUUACAACUACACAGUGGCUCAUGAAUCAAUAGAAGGGCUGCCCAUGAUCAGAGCGAUGUUAUUGGAGUUCCCUAACGAAUUUCCAGCUUACACAACUGAUUCACAAUACCAAUUCAUGUGGGGGCCCUACAUUUUGGUGGCUCCAAAAUAUAAUGACAAAGAAAUAGAUGACAGUGGAAACUCAGUACGGAAUACGAUAUUCCUUCCUGACGAAAACCAAGUGUGGGUGGAUUUCUUCACAGGGGACCAAUAUUUGGGAGGCAAAUUUUGGAAUAACUUCUUGACACCGUUGUGGAAGAUUCCAGUAUUUAUCAAAAGUGGUGCUAUUUUACCCAUGGUUAAUCCCAAUAAUAAUCCAACAGAAAUCAAAAGGGAUAACAGAAUAUUUACUUUGUACCCAGAUGAUAAAUCGAGCUUCGAAGUUUAUGAAGAUGAUGGGAUGAGUACUGAUUAUCAGGAAGGUCAUUUUGCUAAAACUUCUAUCACAAUGAUGGGGCCAAAAACUGGUAAUCACUUGUAUAUCAAUAUUGGUAGGACAUUAGGCACAUACAAUGGUAUGGUUAAAGUUAGAAGCACACUUUUACAAGUGAUGACUACAACAGCAAGUUGUAGUGAAAUAAAAGCAGCUAUUAAUGGGUUUGAAGUAGAAAUUUCAGAAGCUAAAACAGAGAACGAGUUCAAUGAUAAGAGAAAUGCAUAUUUUUUCAAAGAGGACUUCAUUGUCAACCCAUAUUUCAACAAGUUCUCUAGCGAGGAUCUAUAUCAGAAAUGUCUUUUAGUCAAGAUUGAAAAGAUAAAUGUAACUGAAAAUGAAAUUCAGCUUAAAAUCAAAGAUUUUAUCAGCGAUAGCAAAGUGUUAGGUGACAUGUCAAUAAACAAAUCAAUACCGAAAACCAGUUUCGAAGAGCCGAUAGAGGAUAUCACUCCAACUACCAUAACACUGAAGUGGAAACCAGUGGAAGGGGUAGAUUUUUAUGAAAUAGAGAGAGAUGGCAUCAUUUUCACAAAUAUCACAGGAAACUCUUUCACCUUCGACGAGUUCAAAUACGAAUCAAAACACAAUUUCAUGAUUCGUUCAGCUAAAGGUCAGGAGGUGUCGGAAUGGAGUGAGGCUGUUCAAGCUGUAACAAAAAAGGAUCCGUAUAUAAACACCAUAGAAAUGGUCAAGGUGAAAUGUAACCUCCCAUGCCAGCCCCAACAAGAAGUGUGUAAUUUAACCGACAAAGACUUCAAAUCCAUGUGGCACACAGAUUGGGGAGAAGUCGGGAAGUUUAAUCCCGAAGAUGAUCACUUCUUGAUGUUGUCUUUUGACCUGGGCCACGUGUAUAAGAUAAACAAAGUCGAGUAUGUUCCCCGUGCCGACGCCGGCAACGGGACUUUCCUCGAGCUCCAGUAUAAAGUUUCAGUUGACAAAUCAACUUGGACUCCAUACUCCAACACAAUAAUAUUCCCUCAAGAUGAGACAGUCAAAGUGAUUCCUUUAAACGGGACAGCAUUCAGGUAUAUGAAGGUGAAAGUAUUGAACUCUGUGGGCGGUUUUGGAUCUGGAAAACAGAUGCUAUUUUAUAAAGAAAUAGCAGAAUAAACUCACGCGCUUACCUUUUAGGCUUUCUAUGUUCGACGUUUGGUAUUAUUUGCUACCUCAUAAUACUCAGCCGUAGAAAAUAACCAAGAGAAUUAUUACUUUAAGAAAUGAAAUAUUGUAUUGUGCUAACAACUUAUAUUUUGUGCUUCAUAAAUUAUGUUAUGCAAUAAAUAAAUGUUAUUAAAUAGAG